AUAGAAGCAGAUAGCAAGGUAGUGUGUUCCUUUUAGAAAAGCCCUCCUCCUUCCCCUCUGGAAAGACUGGCAACACGAUCUACCAAUCAGAAAGGAGGAAAUAGAAAGCACCAGCAAGGGGGAAUUGUGGGAGUCAGGAAGUUUCUCAUCUACCAAAGACUGUGGUGUGAGAAGAAUACACAGCUAGAUUCACUGGAGGGGUGAUCAGCCGCUUUGUGUGCCCAGCUACAGCUGUCAUUGCUGCCCAGGACUGGAAGAGAUACAGAGCUGCUGUAAGAAGACCAUGUCGCAGGCCACGUUCCACGCCCCGAGGAGGAAAAGAAAGGUCUACGAGACCUAUGAAUCGCCCUUUCCCAUCCCCUUGUCUCAUGAUUGUCACAUGAAGGAUUUCAGGAUCUGCCAGGCAGAGAUUAUUAAUAAUUAUGUCAUUGUGAGACGUCUGGAGGAUAUAGAGCUUCUCUAUGGAAAGGGAUAUUUUGGGAAAGGAAUUUUGUCAAGAAGCAGACCAGAGUAUAGCAUUGCACAGAAUGAACUGAGGGUCCGGUGGAAAGGUUGUAAAAUGAAUUUACCAAUAAUUUCAUCCAAAAAGUAUCAGCAUCACGUUGAAUGGGCCAAGGGUCUUUUAGAAGCACAGGGACUGGACACGUGUUCAAUUAACAAGAUACUUGGAGAUUAUACUAAGCCUAUUAAUCUUCCAGAGGAUAAAGAUGAGACCACAGAUUCAAGAGACCACAAACCUGAUCUAGAAAGUGAUUCGGCAGAUGCUGCAGGUGAAGAAAAUAAGGUUUUAGAAGGAGAUCCUGUUUAUGACCCUUUGGCAAAAUAUGACUCUGAGGAGAUGGAAACCCAGGAUAAGUGCAUAGAACCAGACCAAGAAGUUCUGGAAAAGAUGCACUGUCACAUACAUGAUGACUUGAUCAUACAUUGUGGCUGUAAACCGGAAAGACAGACUGUUAAAACAGAAGCCACAGUCACAAGUGUGAAUGACGGGGGAGAAUAUGAAUACGUCUUAGUAGAAGAGCUGGACUCUGGCCCAGAGGCUGAAGACCUUGAAGAAGAGAGAGGUGAGAUGCAGAAAAAAAGACUGGUUUGUCGGAUGAAUCCAUUCAGAAUAUUUGAGUACUUACAGCUCAGCCAUGAAGAGGCUUUCUUCCUAGUCUACGCCUUAGGCUGUCUGUCUGUCACUUACAAAAAGGAACCUUUACCGAUCCAGAAACUCUGGGAUUUGCUCAGGGCAGCGCAGCAGAAUUUCCCAACAAGUUACAUGGCAUAUCAGCACUUCCGAAGCAAAGGCUGGGUGCCCAAAGUGGGACUGAAGUAUGGAACAGACCUGUUGCUGUAUCGUAAAGGCCCACCCUUCUAUCAUGCAAGCUAUUCUGUCAUUGUGGAGCUUGUUGAUGAGUAUUUUGAAGGUUCUCCUCUGCGACCUCUAACGUGGAGGUCCUUAUCUGGCCUCAACAGGACUACUAUGAAUGUUUCCAAGGAGCUGCUGAUCUGUUAUUUAAUUAAGCCUUCGGGAUUCACAGAAAUGGACAUGAAGAGUCCCGUCUGCAUCAGAAAGUUCAAAGUUCAGGCAAGUGUUUGUGCACAGUGCAGAUAAAAAGCUGAUGGUUCAUUUAGAACUGUAUUGUUUGUAUAAGUACAACAUCACCCUGCACCUACAUACCAUGCAGGCAGCCAUUUUUGUGGGUUAAACAUCUGUUUACGAGAAUACAGGGUAACCCGUCAUUAGGAUCCAGUGACAUCACUGAGACUUUUUAAUACCUCAGCGCUGUCUUUGGUUCCUAGGAAACUGAUGGGCUGCAUUUAGUGGUUGCAGUUCUUUACCCACAAUGGUGGUAUUGUAAAAGCAGUAUAUAAUUACAGUGUUUUUGUAUAGGAGAGACCUCAGCACUCCAUGUAUAGCUAAAUGAGACCUACAGUAUAUAAUGUUAUUCAUGUUAAUAUUGUUUUGUACUGUAUCUCAUGUUCCAGCUGACAUGCAGCUUUAUCAAAAAUCAAAUAACCUCCUUAUAUUUAAAUGGAAAGUUGUCAUGAAUGGAUAAAUUGUAGAAUAUUACAGUACUGUAUAUAUUCUGAACCAUUAAAAACUGAAGCCAUAAAAUGACUCUUGCAACACACAGCGACACAUGGGUGGGGUUCAUGUGACUGUCACCAUACCGAUGCCGGAAUCCCGGCUUUUAGAUGCCUGGCGGGGGAAACGGGGGACAUCUUAAUCGCAAUGUACUGAGACAGAACUGCUUUGAGACUGCAGUGUUUAAUUGAUACGCGACACUUGUAUUUCUAUGUGCGACUGAAUCUGUAUACGCAACACAACUUGGCGUGAACAAAAGCCACAGCCGCUGCAUCGUGGUUUGUAGACAGAUUUGUAGCCAUUUUUAGCGGUCGCAGAAUCCAUCCGCUUCCAUUUUAUUUUUGUUUAAACAUUAAUACCAGGAGGUUUUACAUUUUAAACAAAAAUCUUUUUAAUAUGUUUUCUGUAGGAUUUUGGUGGAUGUCCUUCCUUACCCAGCCAUUAGUUUAAUUGAGCAGGGUUCAGCUGACGUUUAUUUCCAGCCAUUGGGGCAAAUUUAGUAACGCACAGUGCAGGUAAUUACAGAAAGGGAAACCUUCGUUGUUUUUGCUCUCAGCUCUGUGGCAUGUGCGCAAAUCCAAAUAAUCCACGUUUUUAUGGGACUUCUCCGCUAACUGAAUCUGCCCUAUUGUGUCGGAGCUAAUGCACCAGAGAGAUCAAACGAUGACUGAAGGUGGGAAAUAGAACUCUCCGCUAUAUUUAAAUGAUAUGUAUCAUAAUGGACGUAUUUAUAAAACAAACAUUUUCUUAACCCCAUGCAGAUUUCCUUUCUAACUCUAAACAUCACUUUUCUAGGAAGUCAUUGUGAGUCGCUGGAUUUCUUCCCGAGAGAGAAUGGAGCAUGAUGAGUUGUGAUUAUCAUUUUCAUAAUAAAAUAUUGGUCAGUA